AGAGCGACAAGUUCACUUGGUCCAAGUCGUGGGGAAACACAGCUAGCUUUCUUGCUGGUAGCGCUGCGCCGUCUUUGUUUGUUCCCUUCCCUAGUCAGGAAGCUAGCAACAGUUGAGCCAUGCCGCAGCACAUCAGGAUUUUCUGCAGGGAGGACAUCAACCUGAGCGUGGCCGUCCGUGGCAGCACGGUGGUCCUCGCUCGUACCAACCCCGCCGACGAAUCGCAGCACUGGGUCCAAGAGUUCAGCGGCUCCGGGAUGGUGACCGACGACGAGGGCCAGCGGGCGUUCGCGCUGGUGAACAAGGCCACGGGGCUAGCCCUGGUGAACAAGAACCUGAUCACCCCGUCAGAUAAUGUAGUGCAUGUGCAGCUGGCCCCCUACUUCGGCGACGUGCGCGUGGACCUGUCGAUGCUGUGGACGCUGGGCGCCGCCGACCUCGGAGGCGGCUUCCGCGAGGUGAGGGUGCUCCGGGACACCACCCAGACCCUCAACGGUCUGGGGGGCAACGUCAGGGACGGCACGGUGGUCGGGAUCUUCCCUUCCCAUCAGCAGAGUCCCAACGCGGUGUGGAACCUCGCUCCCGUCCACGUCUCCGACGCGGAAUGAGAUCGAUUAUUCAUUCCGGCGAGCCGGCGCGACGGAUGAUGGAUCGGACCGCGCCCGCGCGCGCGUCCGUCCGCCAUCUGGAGCCGCCGCGCCGUGGAGGUGUGUGGAACCAGCCGUUCGUCUCCGUCUCCGUCCGUCGGUCGGCCUUCGCCGCCGCCGCCGCCGUUGCCGCUCUGUACUGUUCUGUUCGUGAUCGAUGUGUGUUUCGUGUUCCACAAUAAAGCAAGCCUGCACGGUCGUCGUAGCCAGCCGGCCGAGGAGCUUGCGGUGUGCAUCUUUUUUCAUGGGCAUGCGGCACGCCUUCUGUUUGUUGUUCACUAUUAAAUAAAACUGGUUCCAAUCUGCAUGAUUC